CUGAACUCACUGCUGCGCACUAUUGUUAUAUUUAAUAUUUAAUGUGGAGUUAAAGAUUUUUAUGAUAGAGUUACGAUAUUAUAAACGGAAUAAAGCAUGUAUUUUACUUUUCAAAUUUGUUGGCUGCUUUCUAUUAUCUUCGUGGUUGCAAAUGGCAAUAGAUGCAAAUUUAGAGAAUCAGUCACAUGCACUAAAAAUAACUUCUGUAUUGAAGAAAUCUGCAAUUGCUGUCACAAAGGUAAAUCAUGUCCUGAGAUUUAUCAAGAACCUCCGUCGAUUUCCGUAGAAGAUAACAGCACCACAACAUGUAAGAUUACAAUUAGAGGAGUUGACUUCAAUUUUUAUUCUUUAAGAAUCCAACCAACUGAAUCUAAUACAGGAAACUGCAAGGAAGAAUAUUUUGAAGUUUAUGAUGGCGCAAAUAUCAGUAGCCAACAGCUAGCUCUUUACUGUCCUGGAGAGCCCACUGUUGUCAUGGGAACCAAGGAUACCAUGUUUAUUGUUUACACAAUAUCUAAUGUAUCUAAAUUCAGUGGCUCACUGGAGAUUCAAGGGCACGAGAAAUCACCAUGUAGUCUUGGCGAUCAAUCUAGAAACCAGAAUGGAGCUUGUAUGAAGUUAUUUUCUAAUGAAGUAAAUUGGAAUAAAGCACAAGAAAAGUGUAUGAAGUUACCAGGAGGUGCAACUCUCCUUCAAGUCACAGAUGAUAUUUUUCCAUUUGGUUUUAAACCUAGAUAUUCUGGCAUUGAGAAAUACAUUUGGUUUGGAGCAACUGAUCAACUUAUGGAAGGCGACUGGAGGUGGCCAGAUAAUUCGGAAGCUAACAUAGGCUCGAUGUGGUGCAAGAAUGAGCCAAAUAACCUUAAUAGUGAGCAUUGUACUGAAAUGCAUUCAAACGGAAAGCUAAAUGAUGUACCGUGUGAUAUUAAGAGAAUAUACAUCUGUUUGGAAAAAAAGAAGUCUAUUGGAGGACUAUGCACAAUUAACUCAGAUUGUAAGGACAGUAUGAUCUGCUUAUACGGAGUGUGCGACUGUCCGAUCAGCCACAUAUUUUUUACUGCGCUCAACCAAUGUAUCCUUGAUUCACCAGCUGCAGAAUGCAGUAAUCUUGAAGCCCAAGCAUAUGAUGGAGUGUGUCUUCAAAAAUUUCCAGAUCCUUCUGAUAAGCUAUUGGCUAGGACUCUGUGCUCAAAUCUGAGUUCACCAUCAACCAUCAUACAACUUAGACCAAACUACCUCCCACCAGAUUUUCAGCCAUUGUACAUCGAUAUUGAUAAACCAGUGUGGCACGGUGCCAAUGAUGCAUCUCGUGAAGGCGAAUGGAGGUGGGAUGAUGACGACAGCCUAGCUAAUCUAACAGGGAUGUGGGUACCGGGCGAGCCAAACAAUAGCGACCAUGGCCGUGAAGAGGAUUGUACAGAGCUAUUAACAAAUGGUGGAUUGAACGAUGCGUCUUGUGAUAUUGUGAGAUCUAUUAUCUGUAUGGAAAAAAAGCGCACUCUAGGUGGGAAAUGUGUACAAGCUUCGGAAUGCCAAGACAGCAUGAGUUGUGUUGAGGGUGUGUGUGACUGUACAGCCUCCCAGUACUACAACUCUAAUACGAGGUCUUGUAUGUCAGAUGCUACCAUACAAACUACUUGCGUCCAAAAUGAAACCUGUAUUUGGAACACAGGCAAAUGUGAAUAUGCUACAAAUCCAAGGAGUUUUAAAACAAGAAUAUGUAAAUUUUUGUUAAAGGGCAUAAACGAAAGCUGUUCAGAAGAAUUUCUCUGUUCAGAAUCUUUAUAUUGUAUCAACCAAUCAUGUGCUUGCGAUGAAGAAGAAAAGUUUGAAAUGCAAAGGCAAAGAUGUAAAACAAAAAAUAAUUUUGGGGAGACGUGUGAGUCGAGUUCAGACUGCAGAAAAGAAUUUAUUUGUGAUCAAGGCAUUUGUAGUUGUAAAAGCCACGGGGUGUUUUUGCAAAGUACUCAAAAAUGUGCAGCACUUCCAAGUGUAAAUGAAGGAUGCAAUGCAUCUCUUCCAUGUGCCAGUAAUUUGAUUUGUAGUCGACAAAAUGUUUGUGGCUGUCCCGAUAACGAAAUAUUUUAUGCCAACUUCGAAGUCUGCCAUCCAAGGCUAAAGUUCGACGACAUUUGUUCAGAUGAUGAUGAAUGUGAAUACAAUAUGAUCUGCAAAUCUCUGCGGUGUAGUUGUAAACAAAAUGAAAUCUUUCUUUUGAACAACUUAGCUUGUACUUCAGAUUCAUACAUACUUCAAAGAUGUAAUGAGAGUAAUUUAUGUAUCAACUUUAAUGCAUGUGACGAAGAUUUGAGUAAUGUUUUAAAUGAAAGAUCAACAUUUUCAAAGACAGCUUUCUGCAAACUAGGUUGCAUGUUUACAUUCACUAAACAAAAAGAAGGCUUAAUUACAAGCCCCAACUAUCCUCAAGAUUAUGACAAUAACGUGCACUGUCUAUGGGUGAUUGUUGCUGAAUACAGCUCUUAUAUUACCCUAAGAGUCAAUGAUUUUAAACUGGAAAAUGAUUGUCACAAUGAUUAUCUGGAAAUUUGGGAUGGAUUAGAUGAUAAUCCUACACUGCUGGGCAGAAGCUGUGGUGAUAUGAAUUCUUUCAUCUCUGUCUCUACGACAAAUACAAUGCAUAUAUUAUUUAUCUCUAACGAUGAACUUAUCUUCAAAGGAUUUACUGCAACAUUUUCUGUCAAGGAAUAUGGUAGCUAUCCCUGCAAUAAUUGGCCUCUAUCGAGAAAUAUAAAUGGCAGAUGCUUAUUGAAGAUGGAUUAUAAGACCGAUUUUGUGGAUGCAGAGAAAAAAUGUCAGUCUCUACCAGGAGGAGGGAUGGUAACAGGGAUCUACUUAUCUUCAAGAUUGACAGAAAUUACACCAAGCCAUAUAGGCAUUGAGCAACCAACCUGGGUUAGUCAAGUGUUUCAAGAAAAUCAUGCCGUGUGGUGGAAUGUAAGCUUGACGAAAAGAGUAGGGCCCAUCACUCCUAACACUUGUUUGCUUUGGGUUAAAUUCGAAGACUAUGCAGUGGAGGAACUUCAAAAUUGCCGCACUUAUAACGCUUACUUUACAUGCACUGAUAAAAAAUCGUCUAUGGGUGGUCCGUGUAAAAACGACGAGGAAUGUAAAGAAACUUUGAUCUGUUUACGGGGUUAUUGCGACUGUAAAACAAACAAUAUCUUGGAUAAUUCUUUUCACUGUGUGCCACAGGCGGGUGAGUAG